AUGAAAUUGUUGAAAUAUGUUCUGGGUGGUUUAGCUGUGACCGCGGCUGUUGGUGUGGGCGUCGUCGUGUACAAAUGGUGGAAAGGAAGAAAGCAGGUUAGAAACCAUUUUGCACCGGCUUUCGAAAAAAACGAAAAAAAAUGCAGUUACCGGGUAAAGCCGAUUCUGGAUGCAUCGUUUGGCCACGAACAAUGAAUAUCGCAGUGGGAACAUAUAGAGUCAGGCCAUCUCUUUGUAAUGUUGUAAAUAACUAAAACAGAUUCACGUACUCUGGCUCUCGGUAGACUGAAGCAAAAGAAUAUUUUUGCUUGAUUUUUCGGGACUAAGAUGAACACUGCUGUAUUUCACAGAACGAUGUCGAGGACUACGACGAAGAAAACAACCAUCCCGAGCUGAGAGACGGAGUUUACGAGAAUCCGAUCGACGGUCCUUCCUGGAGACUGGAACCAGGGGAAUAUUACAACCCAGAAUGA